AUGGCACCCAAGAAGACCAAGACGCCGCGUCGUCGCGUGUUCAACAUGCUGAGCCGUAUGCAGGUAACAGGCACUACUACUCCAUCCACCAUUGAUCAAGAGACUCAGACCACCCAAUGGAAGCGACAAGGUGCACGUUCGCGUCUCCAGACCGUCGCAGAUUUACCUUCCGCCUUCGUCUCGUCUUUUGACGCUGCGGAAACGCGCGAAUACGAACGUCAGAGCUCAUUUCAUGGCCGUAAACAGAAUUUUAUUAUGCUCAUACGAGAUCUAUACGCUAUGUUGGACAGUGUAACGCAGGACCGUCGGAAACUUCGCCUUUUAUUGCAGGAAUUAGUACAGAGACUCUUGGACCCGAAUGGAGUUUAUGGAGAGGGAAAUGGACACAUAAAUGAGACUGUAAGUGGCCAUGUAUCAACGGAACGUGAGGUUUUUCUUCGUAUCGGUGGUGACGAGUGUCUACUUCGUGUGCUGCAUUCACUCCGUCUAGAAGAUCAACUGAUGCUUCAGACGGCAGAGAAACAGCCACCGCUGUGGUCGACACUCGUGUUGGACGGAGAACGUCGACAGAAACAUGGAUUGAGUCCACGGAGUGACGUGAGGGCUCUUUGGGAGACGCCUGUGCCAGUUGUCGUGUCUUCGGGCAAGAACGGGACGGAUGCGUCGCUGAGGAAACACAUUAUUAACGAUACAAUGGCGAUUCUGAGAGAAUUGUGCUAUUUUUCAGUCAAAUUAGCCAUUCAACUUUGUGAUAAGGAUGGCUUGAUUGUGUAUUUGUUUCAACUCAUGGGGGACGUCAAAUUUUUUGAUAAUGCAUCUGGACUCGUGGAAGAAAUCCUUGCAGUGAGAGAAGAGUCUUUUGAUCUCAGUCGCGUUCCCAGUUUCCAUGCAAUCAUGCAGUCGCUGUCGUCUAGACAGCUUGCGUUCUUUUGCAGAGUACUGGCUCUGGUUGUAUUUGAGCCCGAGGACCGACGAUUGCUGGAGAGUGCCAAGGUGAUCAAGUCGCUGGAACUACUUAAACUCCGCCGUAAUCGCGUGAUGCGUGCAGACAAUAUAGUGGACCGCAACCACGCGCUUAUUUUCAACUCGCCACUUAUCCUGCAGCGAAUACUGCGCGUAUUGCAAGUGCAGAACUUUUACUUUGCACUCAAUCCAGUGUAUGAGCCUUUUUCGUCAGAGCUUGCGACGUCUGCCGAAUUCGCUACUCUGCUUUACCAGACAAGUGAUCGCAGUGACUGGGACACAAUCGAUCGUCUCGUUACUCAUCCGGCGCUUGGCUCUUCAGGAGAUCUUACGAUUUUUCACAGACAUCACCAAGCAAGAGCUGCAGAUGCGGCAGCUGCAGCAGGAGACGUUCCUGACUCGACUUUGUCAUCGCUUUCACAGCAACAGUCAUUCUCCGUGGAAACAGCCAUUCUUCGAGACCUGAUUUUCCGUAACCGUUCAUCGGACGAACGUGCGCGGGAAGACGCCGAGGCACAGGUCAUAAUGAAAUCUGUCGUGCUAGCGCCGUACCGCGUGGAAGUGCUUUUUGUGCUUUGCACCUUGCUGAAUGGCAAACGCAAGGUUGACUUUCAGGAACGACUCGCAGAGAUGGGACUUGUCAAAACACUUGACACGAUGUUUGACAAGUUUCAAUGGACCACAACGGUGACACUUGAUCCAGCACAUGAGCCGUUGCAUGGUCCAGGCUGUGACUGCAGCCUGGAUGCAUCGUUAAAGAUUCAGUUUCUCCGACUGAUUCACAAUUUUUGCGACCGCGACUACAGUGACAACACUAGCAAGCUACUGUUGCUUAGUGAGCAGGAAGUUCAGUUGAUGAAUGAUGGUGGUUCCACGCCUAUCAACCUCGAUCAUCCAGACAAGGGGUUACUGUCGAAGAUAAUUUACGCGCUUAUUGAGCAACCUGUUGACUCAAUUUAUCGUUUCUGGCUAGCAUCGUGCGUGGAAGCAUUUUUGCGGCAUGCAGCACCUGGUGAACAGCUCUUUGUGGCACGCACGCCAUUGCUACAUGCAUUAAUUACCGAGAUUCUUAGCGGAGGAGCCUAUCGCUCACAAGGCAGUUUCCAGUCGGCUUUUGAUUUACUUGGAGAGAUGACCAAAGGCAACUGUCAGACGUUGCAGCUUUUCCACGGGCUUCUUAGCAACACCCAGUUCGCGACGUUCAUGGAAGUGGUGAUAUUGAAUUUGGUGGAUUCGAACGUGUUCGUUCGGUCGAUGCUGCUGUCGUCGGAAAAGUUUGCGAAACAGCCUACAAGCGGAACAUUUGGUAUAGCGGAUGACUACGAAAUGGACCGCAUGAGCGAGUUCCUGACAGUUAAUCUGGUGCGCCUAUUGCGUGAUCUCAUGACAAUCGUCACAAUGGAUGACAUCAAUCACGAAAACAUUUGCUGUUUGAACACAGCCAUUGUAAUUCUCGUCUUUCAGCAUCGUCGGCAGCGGCUCCCGGCUAUUCUUGAGGCAUUGCGUGACCAUAAAGAUGUAUCAGGCAAACAAGGCUACGUUUGUGAUAAUUUCCGAGGCUUGCUGUGGUUCUGGAUCCAGUAUUACACACCACGUGGCCGAGACCGUCUAGGAUUGGAGCACUCUAGCGAUGUCAAGUUUGAAGAGUGGCGACAUGUUGUUACGUUGCUGUGUGCAGAUGAUGGAUCUGAGACUGCCUUGCUCGCGACUCCUGCGAGCCUUCCACUGUCUCCUUACUCGCGAUUGUAUGCUACCUCUCGAGAAAGGAGCAAUUAA